GAAAGAGGGAAAGAAACGGAGGAGAUAGAGACUUGUCUCCACCUGUUGCGCGAACCCGCGUAUCCGCUCUGGACCGCCAUGCCGACGCGGUGGCCAAUCGCGGCCGCCCAUUGGCUGUGCUAAAUAGUGGGGGCCGCGUCGUCACGUCCGAUUGGCCAGCCGUCUUAUUUUACCCCACAUCCCACGGGAGCCGAGCCGCACCGGCGAGAGCUCCGUCCCGCGGGUUCGCCCCAGAUGCUACGUGCUUCGCGAAGUUCCUGAGGGAACCCCCGCGAUUUUGUCAGUGCACCAAAAGGACUCGUGUCCGUCAGAUCAAGCCUUCGCUCGAUAAAAGAAAUUACGCCACAGCACUGUCCUAGAAGAAUCGCUGAAGUAUAACUGGAUCGUGACGGCUGAAAGAAGAAGAACCCUCUCUACUCAGUUGAAAAAGCUUCCGUUAACAGAUUAGUUAAGUUCAUCGUGAAAUUGUUCAAGGACGUGUCAAGAAGCUAUUCUUCGGAAAAAUCCAGUGAUCGAUAAAUGAUUACAUAUUAUUUUGCUAAAGGAUUCGACGAUUAGAAGAUUCGAAAUGUCACUUCGAUAAAGUUAAUGAUUUAAAACGUUUGUAUUUUUGGAAAUACAUUAUUUUUCUGAGAUAUACACAAUUUUUUUGGCAAGCGCUCAUCACUCGAGAGAAGAUUUGUCAUUCGAAGAUUUGAAAGGGGUUGCCGUUGCUCCUGGUUUAACGUUCCAUAAAGAUUUGUUAAUUAAAAUAUUUAGUUUUCCUGCGGGAUACUAUAAAAUAUUUGAAUAAAUAGAAUCACUUGGAGAAAGUUGAGAAAUACUCCAAAUCGUCGAAAAAUGUCUCAGUUGUCAACGUCAUUUUCGUGCAGUGAGUGUGAAUCAAUUUGAAAAGUUUGAGAAUAGAAUGAUCCAAUUGAUCGCAGCCUGUCAAAGUUAGUUGACGAUACAUCAUGCUCAACGAUCUACCAAAUGAAACUUUCAAAGGUCUUAUUUAAGAGAAAAUCUACAAAAUCUUUCACAUACUUUGAACAAUAAAAAAAUAAUCAAGUAAUUAUUCAAAAUAUUUUACAAAUUCCUGGAAACACGUCGACAGGAUGUUCGGACAGUUAUCUUAUCCGUUUGAGAUAAAAGUGGCCUACAAAUUUUUUAACUCGGAAAUCUCGUCUACUCGUGAGGAAAACAAUUAGAUUGAACAUCGAGACAAGAAGAGAACGACUUAUGGAGAUGUCGUCUAAGACCUUACAUAACGAGCACAUUAAACGGCCGAUGAAUGCCUUUAUGGUGUGGUCGCGUGGUCAACGUCGCAAAAUGGCACAGGAAAAUCCGAAAAUGCACAAUUCGGAGAUCUCGAAGAGACUCGGCGCCGAAUGGAAGCUUCUAAGUGAGAGCGAAAAACGUCCUUUCAUUGACGAGGCAAAAAGAUUGAGAGCUCUUCACAUGAAAGAGCACCCCGACUACAAGUACCGGCCGCGCCGGAAACCGAAGUCGCUGGUGAAGAAAGAGAACAAGUUCGGUUUCUCGAUAUCGCCGUUGAUAUCGCCCGGCGACACCCUGGCCAGUCUACCGCGCGGUCUUCUGCCACCGUUGACGCCUCCGACGCAUCACCCAUUGAUGUCACACGAGGACCUGAAGAUCCCGCGCUUCUUCCCACCAUUCGCCUACCCGCUCUAUCCGCUGCAGCACAAACUGAGCGACGACUUCAACGGCGGCAAGCUGGCCGCCGAUUUGGCUUUGCAGGCUCUCUACACUAGCAGUCCGUUCUAUCCGAGCCACCAAACAAUGUCCUGGCCGACGAGCCUAUCGGCAGCCGCCUGUCUUCAACCCAAUUGCAGUUGUCCGAGUCCGCCUAAGGAACCCAAGAGGCCGUUCCCGCCGUCCAAGAUGGAUGAUCCGCCCUUCCCGAGUCCGGCGAGAGCCGACGACGACGCCGUCGUCGCGGAACGAGAAGAAUCCCGGUAUCGAAAACUUGAAGUGGACUUCUCCAGCAGUCUAGAGAAUCACCACCAUCAUCAUCAGCAGCAUCAGCAUCACCAGCAUCAUCAGGAGGAUCGUUCUCAGGAUCGCUUCUCUUCAUCCUCAUCCUCGUCACCGCCCACGGAGCAAUUGGAGAGAUCGUCGACGACGACGACGGCAACAACGACAUCGUCUUCGUCAUCCUCGACGUCCAGCAGAGUCGACAGCGCCUUCUCCGUACAGAGUCUGACGUCGUCCUCCAAUAGCUCGAAUUCAAGCUCGCAGCGCUCACACGUCAUAUGAAGGCCGCUUCCGGUUCUCCCGGACUUAAAUUUCCGGGGGGGCCUAAUGCCGACCGCAUGGCCGACUGCCGAUUGGUGGCGAGUAGCCCCGAUGCUCUCCCCGAUCCCUCAAACGACGGUCGUGAACCUAAGCACCGGUGUCGUCAAGGAAGACACCGUCCACUUCCAGGACGAGCAACAAAGGAACUCGACAACGGUGUCCAGGUCACCGAGGAACGGCGUGCAUAUCGCGAACGUGCAGUGAUCCAAUCGAAUGAAUAUUUCAGUAUUUCGCAAUCGGAAGUGAGCCAAUGCUGUCGUGUAGUUCGAAUGAUAGAUCGACGUUGAGCGCGAGAGACAUUUUCUCCUUUUAACAAGGACUCGUUUUGUAGUUUGGCGAUCUUUUUCAGAGUAACGUAAUCCGCUACUAGGGAAAAAAACGACGCGUACGGGUGAAGUGCCCGCCCGAAAAAUAUUGGAAUCGAAGAGUAGGCCGUAUUGGAGAGAUAGCUUCGCGACCGCAACCGGAGAGCUGGCUAACAGAAACAGAAAUCGAUAACUCGGCUAUACGGCCCCGAAAUCCCACAAAGGGCAGGCGCGCAAAGGAUCCUCUCGACCGGAUCGUGCACGCGAAGCUGGAUGCUAGAGGAGUCCAAUUCUGAUGAGAUAACCAACCCUCUCACAUGCCACAUAUUAUGGGGCGGGCGCGGGCGCGCUCGGGGGUGGACAUCGUUGGGGAAGGGAGGAAAAAAAAAGCUCUUCUGGCGGAGGCAAAUCUCUUCUUUGGGACGCGGCCGUGCGAAAUAAGCCUGAAACGUUCUGAAUGCUAACGUAGAGACGCGUACGAACCCCGACGACGCGGUUUCGUUGUAUCUCGCGACGUCGCGCCGCACUGCGCCCAGCUUUCGCGACGAAAACGGCGGAAGCAUCGAUACGGCGAAAUGGAAGACGCGUGGCUGGCUCUGCGAACACUAGUCGACGCGAAUGCUUUUCUAAUAUUACCGGAAAGUCGGAAGGACAUUUUCGAAGAUUUUGUCAGAGUUAUAUCACAUUCCAUUCUCGUUAAAGAUUAAUUUCGUCAAUGUUGCCCGAGGAACAAACAGAAUUAAGUUGUUGAUUUAUUUCUAACUUCUGCACAGAAGAGGUCGUUUUUGUAACGUUGUAAACUGCUUGUUCAUUAAUAUUUUAACGAUUUAAUUUAUUGUGAUUAAAGAGCUUCUCUAGCCUCACUGUUCGGUGCUCUCUAAAUCUCGUAGAGUGAAAUGUCAUUCUAGAAAAGUGAAAAUUAAACUUGUGCAAUGUUUGAGUGAUUUGUUACGCUAGCAGAAGUCAAAAUUUACUCCUGCAAGACCGAACGUAGAAGCGAAUUUUGACUCUUGUUAAAUCUCAUUAGAGCGAUGUUUCAUUUUUUUAGUUUUAGAGAGUGGGGGAAAUAAAAUUUGAAAAAUGAAUGGAAUGAAAAGUAUGACACUUUGACCGUUAAAAGUGUAUUUAUUGAUGUACAUAAUUUUACAUCUUUAAAAAAAAAAUGUAAAUUAAAAAAUAAAACGGGGACAAAUUUUUUACAUCUUCUAUAAAAUGCUCACGGAUCUCUCUCCAUUUUGAACACACCGCUCCAACAGGUUUGAUUUGAGAGGGAGAAACAAAAAGUUGAAAUAUUUUUCUAAAUGCGUACAAUUUGUCAGCACCCGGUGAGGGCAAGUUUUUCCAUUCCAUCCAUUCUCAAAAUGUUUUCACCGAACCAUCGGAGCGGACAAGUCCCUUAAUUUAUAGCGCCAGACACACAUAUGUUUCGUACAAUUUCGUUUUUGUUAUAUGUGUAACGAUUAUUGUUGACUUAUUAAUGCGAGUUGUAACAUUAUCGUCUCGUUCGUCGAGAGUAAUCCGCCCCAACUUCUCCUCCUUGUAGAAAUUUCCGCUAAGUAUUUCUAACGACCAUAGCGAACACUGAUGCGAGUUCAUUAGCGUGUACCCUAACGGGAGUAAGAUGCAAGUAAACAUAAAACGUAUCUAUCGCAUAGAAAAACAUAUCCUUUCUUCCUCUCAUUCUCUCUUUCUCUCUCUCUUUCUCUCUCUCUUUCUCUUUCUCAAUAAUCACGCGAUGCAUUUCGCGGACGCAUAGCGACACUUCGAUUAACUCGAUUAAUUCGGAACAAGAAUAACGCGGAUGCGCCACGUUAAUCCCCGCCUCGACGAUUACGAUACUAUUGUUAAUUACUUCUGUAAUAUAAUGCAGCGCGUUUGUAAAUAAAUCUCGAUCCGAAUUAA